GUUGUCAGUGAAACCUCGCUCGUUGUCUCCCUCUCCGGCUAAUCAUGACAUCCAAAGAAAUGUAACUACAACUGACAAGAAGCCGAAUAACUGAUUAUUCCAAUAAAAAAAGCCUAUUAUGAAAUAUGAUACAAAGUUAAUUAAAACAAUCAGAAACCUGGAGAUCUUAAUGUGAACUGAGAUAAUUGACAUGACAUAUUGUCUGUUUAAUUAAAAAUCGUAAAAAUUCAAUAUUGGAAAUCAUGGUUUAUGAGCUGGCAGACAACGGCGUACCCUUUGACAAACUGUACCCGGCCCUCAUCGAAUGCUUUGGGGUAAUCAUCUGCGGGUAUGUUGCUGGCCGACUGGGAAUUGUUUCUGAACAGCAAACAAGUGGCCUAGCCACUUUUGUAGGCACUUUCUCCCUUCCAUCCCUUAUUUUUCUCUCCUUGGCUACCCUUGAUUUAUCCUCAGUCUGUUGGUACUUCCUCUUAUCUGUAUUCAUAUCAAAAGCAAUUGUUUUUGUUUCUGUCCUUCUAAUAACAUUGCUGGUCACCAGGCCCGUUGAUCCAGGAAGAUCAGGGCUUUAUGCGAUAUUUUGCACUCAGAGUAAUGACUUUGCAAUUGGAUAUCCCAUUGUGAUGACUGUUUAUGGAAAGAACCAUCCAUUUGUCAGCUACUUGUACCUUAUCGCACCCGUGUCACUUGUCAUGCUGAACCCUAUUGGCUUCAUUCUCAUGGAGAUUGGAAAAAGAAAAGGGAUGACAACCUCUAAGCUUCAGCUUCUCCUUAGCACUGUGACAAGUAUAAUAACCAACCCAGUUGUACUUAUGACAGCACUUGGAAUUAUUGGAAAUUUCAUCUUUUCGCAUAAAGUCCCUGUUGCAUUAUCAAGCCUUCUUAGUGCAUUUGGAUCAGCUUUUACAGCAACAGCUCUUUUUCUUCUUGGGCUCAGGAUGGUAGGCAAUGUGAGAAAUUUCAGAGGAGAGGCUCUUCUUGUUCCUGCUUUUCUCAUUGCUGUAAAAGAACUUGUCCUACCACUGGUUCUGAGGGAAAUCACUAGCUUAGUCCUUCAUACUACAACUAUUAACUCUACAGCUAUUACAGAAAUGAGCACAUAUGGUUUCUUAUAUGGAACAUUUCCCGCAGCACCAGGUGUGUUUGUUUAUGCAACAUCAUAUGCCCUUGAUGUUGAGCUGAUUGCAAGCGCCAUGGUAGCUUGCACUUUCAUCUCUGCACCACUCAUGUUCAUAUCUGCUAAAAUGGUAUCCGUGUCCCAUCUGUCUCCAGAGGAUUUUAUUCCCACAUUACAUAAAUUCGAAGUUGAUCUAAGCAUUGCUGCUGGGGUUGCUUGUAUUAUUCUCUUGGUUGUGUAUAUUAUCAAAAGAAAUAUGUGGAGUCUGCCUCAGAAAAUAACAAUGUGUUUGAUUAUCUCUCAGCUUGUUAGCUGUGUUGGGGUUCUAAUUGGGACUAUCGGUGCUGGGUAUACUGACUACAUUCAGUUCUUUUUCGUCAACAUGGGUGAUUUCAGCUCAAGGAUCUGGACAGCCUGCCUUGCAAUUUGCCUGGCUUUAAUAGAAUCUCGCAAUUUCGCUACUGUUUACCACCUCUUUUCUAUAUUUUGUAUAGUGGCUUGGUGCAUGCCUCUACUCUUCAUCGCUGCGAUUUUGCUUACUGGCCAGGUACACCAGAGCUCAUUGAAUUCAAAAUACAGCCUGACUUUUGGAAAUGUGGAAGCAGGGAUAAAUAUUUUUAUUCUUCUUGCUUGCCUAAUCGUCAGUGUAAUUUAUAUGGUGCUUCAACAAAGAUACAAAAAACGGUAUGCAAGGUAUUUAGUUUAUUCACGAGAAGCUAAUGCUAGUAAUGAAGUUAUGCAAAGCUCUGAAGAUAUUGCUAACAGAGAUGAUGAGCCUGUCCUACCUAAAACGGAACCAAGUGUGGGAAAUAAUAAUGAAGACACUCAGCCAGUUCACCACCUAGCACUUGUCCUUCUGCUCGUCUGUUCAAUAUUUGUCGACUUGUCAUUGUUUAUAUGGUGCGUUGUCGAGGAUAUAACUGGCGUUUAUGUUGAAUUGGCAUUUUUGGACGUCUCUUUGAAACGUGGGCAGAGUCUUAUAGUUCUGUUCAUAUUCGGAUUGGAUAUUAUCUCAUUGAUGCAACCGCUGAUUAAAGGAAUUAUUGAGACAUUUUCUCAAGGUGAGCCUAUUGUACUUCCAAGAGUAGAGGAGUUACCAUCAGAAACACAACAUCUAUGUUAUCAAUUCAACACCUAUCAUAUCCAACCAUGCCAGGCCCAGAUCGUUAGAAGGAGAAGGCUAAAACUAUGGGAAUUUGUUCCUUGUUUUACUGGUGAGGAGCUUGUCAGUUGGCUCCUUUCACAAGGACUCGUCAAAGACCGGGAAGAGGGCAUCAUAUAUGGCAGCCACCUCCUCUCCGGACGGACAAUUCGGCAUGUGAACAACACACAAUUCUUCACUGAUGACCCAGCAUUGUUCACAUUUAACAACUAGCACAAUGUGUAUUACAUCAGGGGCCAUGUCACGGUAAGCAAAAACAUUAACUCUUCCCCCUGGGAACCACUAGCAACUCCUACUCUGUAGUUGGUGAAUUGAAAAAAGUUUCUAUAGUUUUCAGUUCCAAAGAUAAACAUAAAUGUUUGAAUAAUUUUGCCUUUUUGCUCAAUUUGAGUUUGACUUUUUUACCAAUAAAUUUUAAGCCUAUAAUGU